UUCCUACCUGAAUGUGUGGUUGAAUGGGGUGACUUCUGCAACUCGGUCUCACGAUGUCCUCUCUUAUCAAAUCGGUCAGUUGUAAUACUGUUGUCCGAGGAAAUCGAUAUCUUGGAAUGUAAUCACUGUCUUGCAGUGUCUCUAACAAAUACGAUCUGUCUCUGAAUAUUCUUUCUCUCCGAAUUUGUCGUGCAAUCAACGCUUGAUAAAUUAUGGCGGCCAUUUUUACGAAGAAAAUAAACUUAUUAAGAGAACGCUGGGGUUAUCUUAGACUUACGAACAAUUUUUUUCGUAAGUUAAGAAAAUUUAUUUUCGUGAAACGCAUUUUGUUCGUACCUUAUCUCUUAAGAGUAAAACUGUUCGUACGAACUUUUGUGAAACGGGCCCCUGGACUAACAAUUGCUGGACGAAGAUCGCAAGAAAAUUCAACGUCCAAGACAUGACAGGUGACAUUCUGCGAAGAAAAUGGAGGAACAAAAGAGAUGCUUACAAGAAAAACAAACGUCUUCUUGAAACUAAAAAGAGCGGAUCCUGUGCGUCCAAGGUGACGAAAAUUAUGUUCUACGAUCAGUUAUCAUUCCUUGACCCAUACAUUGCUGAUCGUAGCACAGUCAGCAAUCUGCCGCAGAGGCAAUCAGAGCCUCUCUUCAGUGAGGAAGAAGAAGCGGAUGGUGAUGAAGAAGAUAUUAGUCCUAUAUUGCCCACGUCUGAUGAAGAGCAUUCUGACUUAGAGUCUGCAUUGAGUAGUCUAAUGCCCAAGAGAAUGAAGGCCACCAGCAUCACAGCACCUACCCCAUCCACAUUAUCAUGUGUGAGCUCCAUCUCCUCAACAUCCAGGAGAAAGAAAAAGAGUCAAUCGGAAACAAUUGAUAAGUUAGAUGUUUUGCUUAUGGAAAUGACCAAACAGAUGAACUCCACUGAUGAAGAAAUACGAACGGUGACGGCAAACACCGAGGCCAGAACACCUGAAGAUGACUUCUUCGUGAUGAUUUCUCGACGGGUUCGAAUGAUGUCUGCAAACACCCAACUGUGGAUGGAGAACCAGGUGUGGGACUUGUAUAUGCAAGCGAGGAGGGAUCAGGCUGGCAUGCCCGUCAUGGGCGCCAACACUGGGACAGCUAUGAUCAACGCAACAUACACACCCGCACUCAUGCCCGGGCACUACUCGCAAACCCAAAAUUUUCACAUGAACCACACAGACAACACACAGAACACGCAGACACUGACACAACUACAAACACCAAGUCAACACUCACAACAACAGCACCCAGUAAAUACAAAAACUGAUGUCACGGGGAUCCUACAAUACCCGUAACUGAAUGAAACACGAUUAUCCAAAUAUCUCUCCUAACUGUAUAUCUAUUAGAUCUCUCUGUAACGGGCAGUUAAAAAAACCCGCGUGGCUCGUCAG